AAAGAUGGGUUCAUACUGAUAAAGGCUGGGUUGAAAAAGCUGUUGGUGGUCUAAAUAAAGGGCUCAGCAACUGAAGUACCAGUGUGCUGAACAUCUCAUGACACCAACAAUGAAGGUGUUUGUUGUGGCUCUGCUCUCUGUUUUCAUGGCGUCUUUUGUUUGUGGAUCCAAACCAUUCGACUGUUCUGAUGUCUAUAAAUCAGGACAAACAGUCAGUGGGAUUUACUCCAUCUAUCCAGCAGGAGACAUUCCUGUCUGGGUUUACUGUGAGAUGAUCUCAGGUGGGAAAGAUGAAGACAACGGAGCAUGGACGGUGAUUCAGAGGAGAAUGGAUGGUAGUGUGAAUUUCUAUCAGCCGUGGAAACAGUACAAGACUGGAUUCGGAUCCACCGAGGGCGAAUACUGGCUGGGGCUGGAGAACAUGUACCAGCUGACACGUAAGAACAAGUACAUGCUGAGAGUGGAUCUGGAGGACUUCACCGGGAGGAAAGGUUUCGCUCUGUACUCCUCCUUCUCUGUGGGUCCUGAAGCUGAUGGGUACAAACUACAAGUUUCAGGAUUCAAAGAUGGAGGAGCAGGCGACUCACUGACGGACCACAAUGGUCAGAAGUUCACCACCUUUGACAAAGACCAAGAUGUCUAUGGAGAAAACUGUGCUAAAGAGUUUCUGGGAGCAUUUUGGUACAAAUUUUGUCACACUGCGAACCCCAAUGGCGUGUACUUAUGGGGAGAUGACGACACUCAUUUCGGCAUUGGUGUUGUUUGGUCAACCUGGAAAAACAGUGUCACUGUCAGCAUGAAAUCCAUCAGCAUGAAGAUCAAACCAGUGUCUUAGAAACAGUGCGUUCAAACAUCUGAUAUUUUAACAAUUUUAAGAUAUUGCUUUUACAUCUUAACUGAGCAAACCAAUAAUGUUUUCUUUCUUUUUGGUCAGCUCUUUGCAUUUACAAAUAAAAUGAGUCAACGCUUGAA